UGUUUUUUUUUUAAAAAAAAGACGAAUAUGUCAGACCUGCUGCUGGAUCCAUACAACCACCUUUCAACGGACUCCAGCUGUUGGAUCAUUUCAGUUUACGCCUCCUGAACUUUGAACGAGUUUCAGAGUUCGAGGGGUUAAAAUGGACCGACAUAACCCCCCAUUGCCUGCUGAGAUUUGAGAAACUGGUCUGCUUGUGGCAAAGAUUGGAAAAAGAACACCCUUCAGUGGCUAUGCCAAGGAUAAGCAGCAGACAGACAAGAAGAAGCUAAGAGAUGUGUUCGAGAAGGGCGACAUGUACUUUAACAGUGGCGACCUUGUAAAGAUUGACGACGAGGGAUUCAUCUUCUUUCAAGACCGCAUUGGAGACACUUUCAGGUGGAAAGGAGAAAAUGUGGCAACCACAGAGGUGGCUGACCACCUGCUCACAGUUGACUUUAUUGAAGAGGCUAAUGUUUAUGGUGUGAAGGUGCCAGGACAUGAGGGAAGAAUUGGAAUGGCAGCACUGAAACUAAAAGAAAAUAUGGACUUUGAUGGCAAAGCUUUUUAUCAGCAUGUCAAAAACUACUUGCCCAGCUACGCGAGACCACGCUUCGUUCGCAUACAGGAUGCAUUGGUAGUGACUAGCACCUUUAAGCAGAUGAAGGCGAAGCUGGCAGAGGAAGGUUUUAACCCUGCUCUCAUCAAGGAUCCUCUGUUUUACCUGGAAGACAAUAAGGGCUACAUACCCAUGACUCAGGAGAUAUUCAACUGCAUUGCAGAAGGAAGACUCAGGCUUUAAAUGAGUUCAGUGCUGAUAUUUUAUUGUCAGUCUCAAAAAGAUUAGUGUUGAUUUAUGACAAACAACCUUUAUAUUGUGGAUAUACAAACAUACAAUGGCAUGCAUUUCAUUUUUUAAUAUUUC